UUAAUCUUUCACAGAUGCAAAUAAGUUGGAUUGUUUUGAAAUUUCAUUUGCAAGCUGUCCAUACUGAAGGACUGAAAUCAUAAACAUUUCUUUGCCUCGCCUCCUCCUCCUAUCUCCUGCUCCACAUGACAGUAAUGAUGGGGUAUAUAUUUAGCCGUCGUUACGUUCUUCCACUUUGAACCGUCUUUUCCAUGCCGUAUAUUUUUCCUCCAGGAGUUUUCUCUCCUGCGCCGUGCUUUGCGUGCACGCCUGUUUGUUAAUGUGCGCGAGGUGUCUCGGUCCGUCUUAAUUCCAUCUCUGCUAACACUUCUGCUUCAUCCAUGCCCCUAAUCCGGCUGGCCUAUUAAAAGGUGCUGCACCUCCUCAUGGGGCUUCGGAGAACCUCUCAUUUCCAAAGGACUCAUCCCUCCAUCCUUUCUCUCUCAUUUCCACCUCAGCUGCACCACUCGGCUCCCCACACAGAACCAGAUUCUAAGAGGCACAGACUCUUUCAAACGGCUUUUUGAAGACGAAAAGGCAUCAGCAGACAUGAAUGGCACUGAGGGACCUGACUUCUAUGUCCCCAUGUCUAAUAGGACUGGGUUGGUGCGAAGCCCGUUUGAGUAUCCUCAGUACUAUCUGGCGGAGCCCUGGAAAUACUCGCUUCUAGCUGCAUAUAUGCUGUUCCUCAUCAUCACCGCCUUUCCCAUUAACUUCCUCACCCUCCAUGUCACUGUCAAGCACAAGAAGCUGAGAAACCCACUGAACUAUGUUCUGCUCAACCUGGCGGUGGCUGACCUUUUUAUGAUAGUGGGAGGAUUCACCGUCACUCUCUACACAGCCCUGCACGGAUACUUCAUCUUGGGCGUCACCGGCUGCAACGUUGAGGGCUUCUUUGCCACUCUGGGAGGAGAGAUCGCGCUCUGGUCUCUGGUGGUUUUGGCAAUUGAGCGUUACGUUGUGGUGUGUAAGCCAAUGACCAACUUCCGCUUCGAGGAAAAACACGCCAUCGCUGGGCUGGCGUUCUCCUGGGUCAUGGCCCUGACCUGUGCUGCCCCCCCUCUGUUCGGAUGGUCCCGGUACAUCCCAGAGGGAAUGCAGUGUUCCUGUGGGAUUGACUACUAUACUCCCAAGCCUGAGAUCAACAACACCUCAUUUGUCAUCUAUAUGUUCGUCCUCCACUUCUGUAUCCCACUCUUCAUCAUCUUCUUCUGCUACAGUCGCCUGCUCUGCACCGUGCGAGCGGCCGCGGCGCUGCAGCAGGAGUCUGAAACCACCCAGAGAGCAGAGAGGGAGGUGACCCGCAUGGUCAUAGUCAUGGUGAUCUCCUUCCUGGUGUGCUGGGUUCCCUAUGCGACCGUGGCGUGGUACAUUUUCGCCAAUCAGGGCACAGAGUUUGGACCGGUGUUCAUGACAGCUCCUGCCUUUUUUGCAAAAAGCGCCGCUCUGUACAACCCAGUCAUCUACAUUCUCCUCAACAGACAGUUCAGAAACUGCAUGAUCACCACAGUGUGCUGUGGAAAAAAUCCUUUUGGGGAGGACGAUGUCGCCACUGUCUCCAAAACCCAGACUUCAUCUGUCUCUUCCAGCCAGGUGGCUCCUGCUUGACCCCUCGCUUCUCUUCCAUCAGCUCCAUCUGUCCCCCCUCCCGCCCGGGGACCCACCGCCGCCAGGCAGCCAAUGCCUUCCACGGGCCAAUCCUCUUGACUUACCUCUCAAAUUGUCCUCGCUGCAGUUGGCACAACUGCAACGACGGCGGGACCAACUCAGCGAGGAGCCAGCAUUUGCAUUUCCAGUCCAUUUAAUCAUGGAAAGUGUUCAGCUGGUCUCAUCGAGUUUAUUUUAAGGGUUACGGUCCGGAUGAUCGUCCAACUGAACACCUUCCAAGCUCCCCCACUUUCCAUGAAGUCACAUAAUAGCUGAAAAUCUAUUUCGUCUAAGCUCAUUAUCUCAUUUCGCCCCCAUCAGCCACUGUUUAAGCAGUUGUUGCAGCUACAUACCUACAAACGAGCGCUUUUCGUAGUUUUAUGAACAUCUAGGCUUUAGCUGAUUUUUCAUUACUACAGGUAAUUCUUUCCUUGGAGGCCUUGUAGUCACACAGCUGAGAUGUUUAGUCCUCUUUUUGCCUGGAAUGUUAUGAAAGCGACUCUUGGAUGAGUCUGUAUGUGUUUGAUAGUAAAGAAGUAGAUGCUAAAGUGUUAAUAUUUGUUAAAAAAUAAUCAGAGAACUGUACUUUGUAGAAUAAAGACUGUUUUGUAUCUUGCAU